AUGAAUUCUAGAAUGCUGCACGAUGUCAUCUAUAUGCUUCUCAUUUCUACUGUAGCGAAAGAAGUCAAAACAGAAUCAUUAGUAGAUCCGGCACAUUGUGAAUACAAUUCAAAUCAUAGGAGAAGUAUAUUAACCGAUCUACUACAAGAUUACGAUAAGACUAUGGUACCAUCAAACAAUUCAGUACAAGUCAGUGUGGAGUUGACAGUUCAAGACAUUUCAUCAAUAUCUGAAAUUUCGAGUUCCUUCAUUGCGGAUGUUUGGUUUAGUCAAGUAUGGGAAGAUCCUCGAUUAGAGUAUCGGAACAUCUCUUGCAAAACAAAUCUUUCAUUGGACAGCUAUGUCAGUGAACGUCUUUGGACACCUAACGUGUGUUUUGUGAACAGCAAAAGCACUCAAGUGCACAAGUCACCCGCAUCAAAUAUUCUUCUUAUUAUUUAUCCGAAUGGAACCGUAUGGCUAAAUUAUCGUGUUCAAGUGUCUGCUCCAUGCAGUUUUGAACUGUCUAGAUUUCCAAUUGAUGCUCAAGAAUGCCAUUUAGUCUUCGAAUCAUAUUCGUAUAAUAUAGCAGAAGUACGAUUAAAUUGGCAGCAAUGGGCGCCUGUAACAAUGCCUCCUCCUGAAGAUUUUCGAUUGCCGGAUUUUCAAUUUUAUAAUGUGACAUGGGGGAAAACGUCGAAUGAAUAUACGGCUGGAAUGUGGGAUCAACUCAAAGUUACUUUUAGGUUCAAAAGAUUAUAUGGGUACUAUGUUCUCCAAAUGUAUCUUCCAACAUAUCUAUCAGUUUUCAUCUCCUGGAUUGCAUUUUGGAUUGAUACUCGUGCUCUUCCUGCCAGAAUAACUCUCGGAGUGUCUUCCCUCAUGGCUCUUACUUUCCAAUUUGGUAAUAUUGUAAAGAAUCUGCCACGUGUCUCUUUCGUUAAAGCCAUUGAUCUGUGGUUUUUUGUUUGCGUCGCAUUUAUCUUCUUUUCGCUCGUUGAGUUAGCAGUCGUCGGAUUCGUUGAUAAAAUAACAGAAAUCAAGAGGAGGUCACGACGAAUCAAAUUUCAGCGAGCAAUUGCCGGAGGCACAAUAAAAAAUGAUCGGCCAGUAAGUUUCAGGAAGUAUUCGUGUACGUCGAAGUGCAAUUCUGUGAGAUAUAAUAUUAAUAACAAUGAUGACGAGGAGCUGUAUAACAUUAGUGGAGAAACAAAUGGAAGUGGAAUGAGCUGGAAGAAUAACAGUUCUCGUGAAGCUUCAGCUGAUAUGGGAGCAAGAGUUGAUUCAUUUGCAGCUAAAGCAUUUCCUGCUAUGUUUGCCGCUUUCAAUGUGUUCUACUGGUGGUAUUACUUAUCAAGAGAGCGAAACUAG